AGGAGUGCUUGGCUCCUUUCUUCUCUUUUUUCCUCCUGUUACUCUGUAAGCCAACAUGAGCCGGCAGUGUAGUUCCAGGUCUGUGUGCCGGAGUGGUGGAAGGGGUUACAGUUCUGGCUCUGCAGGGCUGGUCAGUUUCCAGAGAUCCUCUAGCAGCUCUGUGCGCCGCAGUGGAGGAGGUGGUGGGAGAUAUUCAGGAGGAUUCUGCAGGAGUGGAGGAGGUGGUGCUGGUUUUGGAAGCAGGAGUCUUGUCAACCUUGGUGGCAGCAAGAGCAUCUCCAUCAGUGUGGCUAGAGGAGGUGGUCGUAGUGGUUUUGGAGGUGGUGGCUUUGGAGGUGGUGGCUUUGGUGGUGGUGGCUUUGGUGGUGGCUUUGGCAGUGGUGGUUUUGGCGGUGGAGGUUUUGGCGGUAGUGGUUUUGGUGGUGGUGGUUUUGGCGGUGCAGGUGGUUUUGGAGGAGGUGGAUAUGGAGGUGGUUUCGGGCCUGCCUUUCCUCCUGGUGGUAUACAUGAAGUCACCAUCAACCAGAGCCUUCUGCAACCCCUCAAUGUGGAGGUUGACCCUGAAAUCCAAAAAGUAAAAUCUCAAGAAAGGGAGCAGAUCAAAGCACUCAACAACCAGUUUGCCUCCUUCAUUGACAAGGUGCGGUUCCUGGAGCAGCAGAACCAGGUACUGAAAACAAAAUGGGAGCUGCUGCAGCAGGUGGACACCUCCACGAGAACCCAAAAUUUAGAGCCCUACUUUGAGAAUUAUAUUAGUGAUCUCAGAAGGAUUUUGGACCAGCUGAAGAGUGACCAAUCUCGGAUGGACUCAGAAAUGAAGAACAUGCAAGACUUGUUGGAGGAUUAUCGGAACAAGUAUGAGGAUGAGAUCAAUAAGCGGACAAAUGCAGAGAAUGAAUUUGUGACUAUCAAGAAGGAUGUGGAUUCUGCUUACAUGAACAAAGUAGAACUUCAAUCAAAAGUUGACCUUUUGAGGCAGGAAAUUGACUUCUAUACAGCACUCUAUGAAGCAGAGCUGUCUCAGAUGCAGACUCACAUCAGUGAAACCAAUGUCAUCCUGUCCAUGGACAACAAUCGCAACCUGAACCUGGAUGGCAUCAUUGCUGAAGUUAAGGCCCAGUAUGAAGACAUUGCCCAGAGGAGUAAAGCUGAGGCUGAGGCCUUGUACCAGACCAAGUACGAAGAACUGCAGAUCACUGCUGGCAAACAUGGUGACAGUGUGAAAAACUCAAAGAUGGAGAUUUCUGAGCUGAAUCGAUUGAUCCAGAGACUCAGAUCUGAAAUUGACAGUGUCAAGAAACAGAUUAGCAACUUGCAGCAGUCCAUUAGUGAUGCUGAGGAGCGUGGUGAGAAGGCACUCAAAGAUGCCCAGAACAAACUGAAUGAGCUCGAGGAUGCACUGCAGCAGGCCAAGGAGGACCUGGCCAGGCUGCUGCGUGACUACCAGGAGCUCAUGAACACCAAGCUUGCCUUGGAUUUGGAGAUUGCCACCUACAGGACCCUCCUGGAGGGAGAGGAAAUCAGGAUGUCUGGAGAGUGUUCCCCCAACGUUAGCGUGUCUGUGAGCACCAGCCACACCAGCAUCAGUGGAGGCAGUGUCCGAGGCGGCGGAGGGUACAGCUCCGGAGGUGGCAGUUACAGCUCUGGAGGUGGUGGUGGAGGCGGUAGCUACGGUGGAGGCUCUGGUUCUGGAGGCGGCGGCGGUAGCUACUCCGGAGGCAGCAGCGGAGGCCACAGAGGUGGCUCUGGAGGAGGUGGUGGCAGCUCUGGCGGAGGCCGGGGCAGCUCUGGAGGCGGCUUUAGCUCCUCUGGAGGUCGAGGAUCCAGCUCUGGAGGCCACAAAAGCUCUAGUGGCAGUUCUAGCAUAAAAUUUGUUUCCUCCACUUAUUCCAGAUAAAUACACUCUCUAUUCCAUUAGCUCUCCUCUUUCUAUCACCACAAAAUAAGGUUGGCGAGAUUAAGGUCAAUUGCCCUGCCUUAUUAGAGAAAAGAGCUAUGGUUAGAUACACCAGUCCAUCCAAUUGCCCCUGCUCUUUCUUUUCCGCUCUGCUUUCAAAAAUUUUAAGGCCAGUGGCAAUCUCAAGCCCUGGUUACCACCCUGCUUUGUGCUUUGCCUGAGAAACAGUUCAGCAAUUACCAUGACACAAAUAACAUUUCAAAGAGCCUCCUUCUUCCAGCCAGAGGAGGACCAUUGGAUCCAGGGCUUCUCUGCCAUGCUUAGAGCAAUGCUCUGGUCAGUGCCUCAGUAUCUUGUCUUCUGCAGCAAGCUCUGUGCUGCUUUGGCUUUGUAUAUAAGGUGUAUGCAAGUUGUUUGUCUUUCAUCGAGUGGUAUUCAACUCCCUGUUUCCUUGUUAUGCUGCAAUAAACUGCAUUUGAAAUUCUCA